AUGCACCAAAUUAUGGUUCGACUCACUUUUAGUUGCGUAAUAAAAAUGAUGCAUUGCAGCGAUUCUGACGGCACACUGCAAAAUUGUGCUAGAAAUAUGGCUGAUUUGAUCAAUCCAGUUGAUGUGGAUAAUCCUGAUGAUAGCAAAGCAACUAGCACAUGUCUUCAGAGAAAUGAAUCUCAAAAUAUCUAUCAUGGAUCGAUAAGCUAUCUGCAACACUACAAACAAACACAUGGAUACAUGUUUCAAGGUAUCAAUAAUGAUCGGCCCAGCACUAGCAAACUAUUUAAAGUAAUUGAUUUCAUCUGGAAUCAACAUGAACUAAGCAAAUUAGAAAACAUCAGAAGAAUGCUGUUACAUUGUGAUGAUAGUGCCAUAAACAACCAUUUUGUAGAGUUGAAAGCAGUGCUCAUGAAGUUCAUUGCGAUGACUUUGGAAUCACGAAAAAGACUAAGCCAGGUUAAAAAAAGAAAGAACGAAAGUAAGAACAUUGUUGAUGCAAUUAGCGAGCACAUGAAAGAGACAUAUCAUAAUACUAUUAAGGGUUAG